GGAAUACCAUUAUCUUUGUUGGAACUUGGCAUCUUAUAUGUUUUUUCACUUUUUGGGUGCUUUACAUUCUCAUUUUGCUGGUUAAAACACAGCCCACCCUCCUUUUCUGUGGUUCUCUUCUCUCAGAACUAAGGGGCACAAGUUCUCAAGAUUGUCCUCUAAUACAGUUUCAGCACCCAACAUUUUCUAGGCAGCUCUGAAUUCUCCUCUAGUUCAAAGUCAUCCGUCUCUGCAAAAUCUGCUUCAUUUUAAGGAUAGUCUAGAAGCAGUAGUAUAGAAAAUAUGAACUGAGAUUUUUGACAGACCUUUUUUUUUUCCUGGGUACUUUUGAAUUCUCAUAAAGUUUCAAAGUUUAUCUUCUUGUAAGGAUUCCAUACAUACCCAUGAUGCUUUCUGCAAAAUCUGAAUCGGACACCACGAGCUUAGCUCCAUCUUCACCUUCGAGGUCUCCAAAGCGACCAGUGUACUACGUACAGAGCCCUUCAAGGGACUCUCACGAUGGAUACAAGUCAUCAUCGAUGCAAGCGACUCCAAUAUCGAACAGCCCUAUGGAGUCACCUUCACAUCCUUCAUUAUUUGGACGCCAUUCGAGGAAUUCUUCAGCAAGCAGGUUUUCUGGUAUUUUCAGGUCAUUUUCAGGAAGGAAGGGUAAUAGUAACAGAAGGAGGAACGAGAAAGGCUGGCCUGAGUGUGAUGUGAUUUUAGAAGAAGGGUCUUAUGAUGGAGAACAAGCUUUCAUCAAGAGUUGCCAAGUAUUUAUUGGUAUCUUGAGUUUUGUGGUUCUCUUCACUGUGUUUUGCUUGAUCAUUUGGGGUGCUAGCAGGCCUUUCAAGCCAGAAAUUACAGUCAAGAGCUUCAAAGUACAAAAUCUGUAUGUGGGAGAGGGAUCAGACUUCUCAGGUGUGCCAACAAAGUUGAUGACUGUGAAUGGCACAUUGAGAAUGAACAUAUAUAACCCUGCCACUUUUUUUGGCAUCCAUGUACACUCCAAGCCCAUCAACCUUGUAUUCUCCGACAUCAUUGUUGCUUCUGGUCAGCUUAAGAAACACUAUCAGCCAAGAAAGAGCCACCGAGUAGUAUCAGUGAACUUGGAAGGCAACAAGGUUCCUCUAUAUGGGGCUGGUUCAACAAUAAAACAAUCCCAAACCGGUGUUGAAGUUUCAUUGACAUUGAAAUUUGAAAUCCUUUCAGUGGGAAAUGUGGUGGGCAAACUGGUAAGGGCCAAGAACCACAAGGAAAUAACUUGCCCUCUCAUAAUUGAUUCUUCCACAUCAAAACCAAUCAAGUUCAAGAAGAAUUCAUGCGCAUAUAUAUAUAAAUGACGGUGAAGCUUAUUUACAGGGGAAGAAGCUACAAUGUGGAUACAGAAAAUGCUUGGCCUUCCUCUGUUUUCUCUGUUUGUUGAUGUUAAUUUAUUCUUGUGAGCUUUGUGCAAAUGCAUGCGUGUAAAUGUGAAUAUGUUGUACGUGUGCAGAAAUACAACAAAAUUUGCAGCUAAAAAAAAACCAUGAGUUAGUUGAAUUUGGAUUCACGUCAAUUCUCAAUA